UUCCGGCGGGGCGGCGGCGGUGAGAGCCUGAGGGUUGGUUGUGGUGGGGCCUCGGCAAGGGACCAGGGCACUGGAUGACCAUAACUAAACGAUGUCUGUGCCACGGGGAGCUGUCCAUGCAAAAUGGAUAGUAGGGAAAGUGAUAGGAACCAAAAUGCAGAAAACUGCCAAAGUAAGAGUGACAAGGCUGGUGCUAGAUCCUUACUUACUGAAGUUCUUUAACAAAAGAAAAACCUAUUUUGCCCAUGACCCAUUGCAGCAGUGUGUUGUUGGAGACAUUGUUCUUCUGAAAGCUUUGCCUGAGAGAAGGAGCAAACAUGUGAAACACGAACUGGCUGAAAUUGUUUUCAAGGUUGGAAAUGUGAUAGAUCCAAUAACAGGAAAGCCCUGUGCUGGAACCAGAUUCCUUGAAAAUCUGUCUGAUUCAGAAAACCUGACAGAGGCAGAUACCACCUAUCUAAGUGAAAAACUGCAGGAACUUAAAGUUUGUUCAACAGACAAAUAGUGGGGAAAACAUUUAAACAGAGGGCUUCUCAGCUUGUCUGUCAGGGAUGUUUUGGGCCCUGCUGUUGUAUGUUUAAUAUUUCGGUGAAAUCUGUAGACAAAUAGAAAACAUAGUUUGCUGAUAAGAACAGAUGUUACAGAUUGAGAGGCACCUCAAAUCUUUAAAUGAAAGAGAAAAUGUGAGUUUAGUGUUAACACUUUGUUUUGUUGCAUGUAGUUCUGCUCCAAGCCUUGACAAAUUUCGAAAGCCAGCUGCUUGCUUCAAAUGAUUCUUUGUGUUGAGAAAGACAAAGAUACAACUGCAUAUAACAUUUAAUUUUGGUGGGAGGGUCGUUACAUUGAUGGUUCUGUAUUCAGACAGUCUUCUGUGGCUUGUAGGAUUACUUAAUGCUAUUAAACCUUUUGGGAGGAAGUACAGAAUUUUAAAACCAGUUUAUCUGCAUGUGUUCUUAUUUCCUCUUAACAGUCACUCAUGCUACGUUGCAGGACCUUCUAACUCCCAAAAUAUGUAAUAAAAACACAGCCACUUGCCUUUCU